ACGGAAUCGCAGGUGUUUUCUUUGGUUCUCGUGCGUCUCAGAGCGCCAUGUUUGGAUUUUCAUCGCACUGAAGCAAAGCAGCUAGAUCGAGCAGGUUGCGGUUGCAUCCGGACCGGGCCAUCCAAUUUCGAAACGAAUUAGAAAACUGAUUGCUUCAUUCAACAUUCGGGUGCCGACGAAAGAACUUGGCAUGUGUUGUGUGUUGUGAUGUGUUGCCAGAGACAAUGCAGACAGUAAUUCAGUAAGGCACCUGGUGACACCAUUACACGAACGAACUGUGGGGAGUGCAGAGGAAAAAGCGGUGAUGACGAGACUCUGGCAAGCGAAAGUGAUGGUGAAUUUAAGCGGAGAUAUUAAGGUGUCAAUGGUUAAUUUAGGAAAGCAAGAAAAAUUUCCAUAUUGAAGAGGAAAGUGUUGGAACCAGUUUUUUUGUGUCAUUUAAUGUUCUAGUAAAUAGAGAGAAUUAUCCAAUCAAUUGAAUUGGGGCGUGUUUUCUCAGUGAAUUCUAUUGAAAAGUGAAAAGAAAAAUGUGGCUGGGUGAAGUGGGGAGUGUCGUACUGGUCACCCUAUUGCUGGCCAAUACCGUUGGUUUGAUAAAAUCAGACGCAGAGCUACCAGAUUUCGACUUCGACAGCCCGAAGGGUGAUGACCAGGAUGAGUACUAUUACGUGAGUGAAGGAGACGAUCAGAGGAUGCAGCCGUCGCAUAAGAUUAUUAGCUACAACCGAACUCUGUUGGACGCUGAGUCCGAGGGAGAUCGAGGUAGCAGCGAAGGAAACGACGCCUCCGGCGGCCCUAAAGCCGGCGGUUUCCUAAUGGAGGACGACGACACCAGCUUCGAGCUGAUGGACGACGUGGACUUUGUGGAGGACCCUGCUGCGAGCAAUUUUCAGCGGAAGCAGGCCGCUAUGCGGCAGAUUAUGAUGCGAGCUUUCGCCAACAGCGAGAUGCAGAGAAAGUUUGGCGAAGUGCUGCCCCUGCUGAAGGUGAUGUCAAAGGCUCAGAAGACGACGCUGGCGGCGCUGAUUUCGGCCCAGGUUCACUCCCGGGACGGGCACACGAUGUCUCUUGAGCAGGUCAAGCAAAUGUUCGGCGAUCGGCAAGAGCUGAUCCUCCCGCUGGUGUACGAUGUGGCGAACAUGAUCCGAACGGUUGCCAAGAAGGAGAGCCUACUAAACGAACGGUAUCCCACCGAGGAGGAAGAAACUAUACCGGCGAACCAGUUGCUGCGAAGAAGUUUCUCGGUUCGGCCGGAACCGUCCGGGUUCAAAGUGAACACGGUUGAGACGGCGGACUCGAACCUGAAAGACGAUCGACUAAUGGUAGACAUCAAAGAGGAUGACGUGCGAUCUGUUCGUGAUAGUGGGGCAAAAAGUGAUGAACAGAGCGGCCGGUCCAUGACUAUUAGUGACGUGCCGAUGUUCGAAGCUUUGGUUCAAUCGUUUCCCAGGUUUAGCCAACAACUAACGAGGGCCAAGGGCGAUAAAGAAGAGCGGAUGUCGUUUCACGAACGAAAGCUGAACAUGACGGCAUUCAACUCCACCAGAAAGCAGAAAGAUCAGCUGGCUAUGCCAUCGGAUGGACCGAUUCCCAUUACUCUACCCAAGGCAUCCGCUCCCGGUUAUUCGAAGAGAUUGCAGCCAGCGACUGCUACGACAACAGCGGCACCAGCUCCGGAAGUAACAACACUAACCAUGGAGGAAAUAGAGGAUUUGGCUCUUUCGGGACUGAAUGGAACCGAGCUGGAUGCGCUCGAGAAAUCCGGUGUGGGCAGUUCGAAUGGAAGUGGACCGGUGGCGGAACUGCUGAUCGGUGGAUUCCGCAAUCGGCCCUCGGACUUUAACAAAAUCCAUAUGCUGCUGCCGAACGAAAAGUGUGACCAUUUCUCCACUGGCGUUUGCAUUCGGGUGGAAAACUAUCCUGAGUCUCAGAUCCUGAACAGCAUCACCCGGCACAAGAGCGCUAUGGGAGCCCUGCUGGCGGAGUACAUCGACAAGACCAACGAGUUUGACAAGAACGCCUUCGAGCCGGAGGAAAUCGAGAGUGGCAUCAACACCAAGUUGACGAAACGCUCCGAUGACCCUUCAAAGUCUGGUGGUGGUAUGUGCCCGAGCAUCAUCCGUUACGCACGGCCGCAAAAAGCACGCUCGGCCACCGGUGAGUGGAAGUACAUCGUUAAUACUGGAGAGCACACGCAAACAUUGCGGCUGGAAAAGUGCACAACACCCCAAGACAGCUGCACCUAUUUGACGGACAAUUUUCGCUCACGUUGUGUUCAAAUCUAUAAUUAUCACCGAUUGCUGAGCUGGGAUACUGCUCGUGGUCUCCACGUGGAUAUCUUCAAGGUUCCCACUUGCUGCUCCUGCCAUAUUGACGGAUACCGAGAAUCAUUCCCCCCUUUAAGCAACUUUAAUAAUGAGUACGACUCCAAGAGUGAAUCCUUCGAAGACCCUUCGCUAGCCGCCAGUAAUUUUAUUAAAAACACUCACUACAGUACGCUCAAGUUUGACAACGAUGAACCGGAGAACGUACAAGAAAACAUCGCUUACCACUUUGCCAAUGGAUUCCAGCGGAUGAAACCACCAAAGUACGAAAACGCUCUGUUGGUACCACCGAGUCCGCCUCCACACUUCCACAAAAAUCGAUUCGAGCGACCGAAGAUGCAUCCGAAGAAACCAUCACACCCACAUUACAUGCCAUCUCAGGUGUUAGACACGUACCUGAGCCCGCCACCGAACGACGUUGGCUUCCACAUCCCAUUCAAGAGGGGCCCACAUUUUACCAACGACAAUUCGCUAAAACGAACCGUUCAGGUGCAGCCGAAUCGAAAUCGGCUUCCGGUUCGAAAGCAAAUCAACGUAAACAACGAUCAAAACAUCGCCGAAACCGACAUCCGCAUCAACCAGGUCCAGGUCGUACCUCCGGUUGUAAAAAACGACCGGCUUCCGCCUACACAAGCACCGGAAAAACAUCGCAAACGUUUUACCACCCCGCCAACUAUUCAUAAAAAGGAAAAACCACAUCACUUUCGGAUACCCCACCAGAAACCUGCCCCGCAUACCACCGACGCUACACCGUUCGUUCCGGUGACGACACCGACCACAACGACUACGACGGCCGCUACCACCAACGGGCACCAGCGGAUCAACUACAAUUACCACCCCAUAAUCGAUUUCUUCGGUGAGGUAGAAGCCCAGGAAACGCCAUCGGAACCUAUCGAUCGAAUUGGUCGCAACAGUGCACCAUCCUCUUCGUCAUCGUCUUCAUCGCUGAACAGCUGGAAACCGGUUCUGCACGGGCCGGGACAACGGCCCAUGAGGAUACCUAUUUGAGGCGUUUUCGUCCUCGCUGUUUUUUACCUCGUUCGAUGCGCGAUGACGAUUUGAACGAAAGUCUAAGCGAGAAACGCUUUUCUUUCUUUUCUCUGCGAAGAAACUAAAGCUUUAGUGUGAAACAUUUCCGCCUUGCUUUCCGCUCGGACAGUUCAGCGUGAAAUAAUUCACGCGUCUUGCACACCCAGCUCUGCUCGAAGCAAACACACGAAGCUACGAGUGAACAGCCUUAAUUUAUGCUUUCAUCUGCUCUCGUUUUCGUCUCCUAGUGCCUGAAUCAAAUUGAUCGUUUUGUACAUUAUGCUUAUUAUUAUUUAUACCUGCUUGCGAUGCGUUGAAGAUUGAUCGGAAAGUAUGUUCUUCAUUCUGUAUCAAUUUCUAACGUUGUCAAGUGUGUUCUCGACGUCUGUAGCCAGUAAGUCCCUACCGCCUAGUGUUUAGUGUUAUAUUUUAAUGUUAUUUAUGAAACAAAAUCGCAAAACAGAGAGAGGGAUGACAUGACAAAUAAAAAUAACGGUAAAAAUUGUUAGAAAACACGACGACUUCGCUUUCGUUUUAUGACAGGUGAAUAAAGAUCGCUGUGAUUCUA